ACACGCAUCUUUUCCAUCUUGUUUACGUCCGCCACCGCAGAGCGAGCGAGCAGAGUCCCCAAAAUCGCAAUUCAAGCUGUACAAAAAACUUUCCAGCGUCUUCAAGCAUCUCUCGUCCAGGCUUCUCCCGUCUGCCCGUGGACUGUUGUACAACAUCACAAUGUCCGCCGAAAAUACGCUGCCGGAUUUGCUUGGCGGAGGAGCGCAAGGAGCGAAGCCAGAUAACAAACCCCUGGUCGACGGAGAAGAAGCUGGCGGUAGUGUGACGAGUAACAGUGUCCCAAAGGCAUCACCUUUGGAGCUUGAUACAGCAGGUUCCGGCAGGGAAAGCAAUCACAGCCCACUGGUGCAGCAAGCUCCGGAUUUCUCCCAGUUUGACGACAGCGAAGAUGAAGAGCAUUACCACAGUGGGGGCUUCCACUCGGAUAACAUCAGCAUCGAACGGAUAAGACAGUAUCUCUCGGACAAGCUGGGAUUCUACACUACCGAUUCCAACUACGACGACAAGGAUGGAGUUCCGAGAAAGAGGGUGCUGGAAACGGUCGAUAUUGAUGGGGUUUUAAAACACUGGAAGAAUGGGGGCUUCAAGAAAAUCGUCACUAUGGUUGGAGCCGGAAUUUCAACAUCUGCCGGAAUACCAGAUUUUCGAUCGCCAGACACCGGAUUGUAUAAUAAUCUGUUGAAAUACAACCUUCCGUAUCCACAAGCAAUAUUCGAGCUGGAAUAUUUCUAUCAAAACCCCAAACCAUUCUUCCAGCUAGCUAAGGAACUUUAUCCGGGUACUUUUAAACCAACUCCUUCGCACUAUUUUGUUAAACUGCUGGAGCAGAAAGGAUUGCUCAUUCGACAUUAUACGCAAAAUAUUGAUACCUUGGAGCGCAUAGCUGAAAUCAACGAAGAGAAGAUCGUGGAAGCUCACGGAACCUUCUUCACCAAUCAUUGUUUGCAGUGCCGAGCUGCUUAUUCCGUGGACUUUGUCAAAGAGAAAAUUUUUGCCGACGAGAUACCGACCUGUGCAUGCGGUGGUGUCAUCAAGCCGGACAUAGUUUUCUUUGGAGAAGGUCUGCCGGAACGGUUCCAUGUUCUGCCGCACAAGGAUUUCGCAGAGUGUGACCUGUUGAUUAUCAUGGGAACCUCGCUGACUGUGCAGCCGUUUGCGUCUCUGGUGGAAUACGUGAACGACGAUUGCGUACGGCUUCUGAUAAACCGUGACAAGGUCGGUGGCGGAGGAUUCGGAUUCCUGCGUUCGAUGAUGUUCGGCGAGGGACUGUGUUUCGAUCUGCCCGGAAAUAGGCGGGAUGUUGCCUGGACUGGGGACUGCGACGAUGGAUGUUUCUUCCUUGCCGACAAGCUAGGAAUGGGGGAUGAAUUGCGAGAAAUGAUCAAAAGAGAACACGCUAAACUGGAUGCGGCGCAGCACAAGCAUUUUCCGGUUGCAGAACCAAACACAACCGAAGCGGCAUCUGCUACAGCAUCGCAAAACCACGACAGUGAGGAUGUCAUGAUACACGAUGUCCAACAUGCCGUCGACGAACCGGCUACGAACAUCGCUCCGGUUCCGGAUUUAGUUCCGGUGGAUAUCAACCAUCAUGGCGAGAUGAAGGAUCUUGGCGAGGGGAAAUCGACAACGGUGGCGGAUGGAACCAAGAAUGAUUGAACGGGUACAAAUUGUAAAGAGUACGCUACUUGCAAAAGUGGCGAAUAACAUUGUGAAUAAAUAGGAAACAAAGUACAUAUUUAACUUGCAAUCAAACUCCAACAAAUCAACCGACGCAAACAAAUAGUUGUAGUAAAGCAAACUUUGCAAGAAAAUAAUUGUAUAGAAAUGGAACCCAAAUUUUAUAAACUAGCUUAGAGAGCUUUUAUUAGAGUUGACCAACAGAUUCCCUUAUAAUAUAUUGAGUUUCACAUUUCAAGGAUGUUUCGGAUCAAACCAAACAUGUUCCAAUAGUUCGAAGUUCACUUUCACGAGGUUACGUUUUAUAGUAAGAUACAAGCAUUAGCUUGACACAACUAGAGGAUAUUUAAGUUCAAUGCAAAAAAAAACAGUU